AUGACAAAAGUAAUUGUUACGGGUGCCAAUGGCUAUAUUGCUGCACAUACUGUGAAACAGCUUAUCGAGAAAGGCUACGAUGUAGUUGGAACCUUGCGUACUGAAGAUAAGGGGAAGUUAUGGAAAAGUCGAUUCCCAAAAAACUUCGAGUAUGUGGUUGUUUCUGAUUUUCUCAAGGAUGAUGCCUUUGACGAUGUCGUGAAGAACAAUGACGACGCAGAGGUGUUUUUGCACAUGGCUUCUCCUGUGAUUUUCAAUGCCAAAGAUAGAAAGAGAGACGUCAUUGACCCUGCCAUCAAGGGAACUACCAAUGCGUUGAAGUCUGCGAAGGAGUUUGGUAAGAAUAUCGAGCAUUUCGUAUACACGUCUUCAACUGCUGCAGUGUAUAACACUACCAAUUUUGUACCUGGCUCAAUUCUCAACGAGGAACUGUGGAGCGAUGUAACCUUGGAAGAUGGCGCUGAAAAUGACAGACUGGCUUAUGGAGCAUCCAAGACUUUUGCUGAGAGGGCCGCUUGGGAAUUUGUAGAACAGAAAAAGCCUCAAUUCACCCUAACUGUCGUCAAUCCAGUUUAUGUAUUUGGACCCCAGGCUUUUGACGAAGAUGCUAGAGGGACGUUGAACUUUUCGGCUGGAAUCGUGGAGAAAGUACUUAAACUCGGAAAGGACGAUCCAAUUCCUGAAAUUGGUGGUGGAGCUGUCGAUGUUCGUGAUGUGGCUAAGGUUCACAUUGACGCAUUCGAGAAGCCUGAAACCUACGGUAAGAGAUUGAUUGCCAAAGAGCUGUUCUACAAUGGGCAGUUACUCUUGGACUUUAUCAGGAAAAACUUCCCUGAUGCAGCUGAGCAAUUGCCUAUUGGAGACCCUGGAAAUGCUCAAGAGGACUCGAAGAAUUACGUCCACAUUGAUAACCAUGCUACCACUGUUCUCUUGCACAUCCACUGGAUUCCCCUCGAGACAAUGGUGGUUGACUCCCUUAUCGAGAAAGGCUACGAUGUAGUUGGAACCUUGCGUACUGAAGAUAAGGGCAAGUUAUGGAAAAGUCGAUUCCCAAAAAACUUCGAGUAUGUGGUUGUUUCUGAUUUUCUCAAGGAUGAUGCCUUUGACGAUGUCGUGAAGAACAAUGACGACGCAGAGGUGUUUUUACACAUGGCUUCUCCUGUGAUUUUCAAUGCCAAAGAUAGAAAGAGAGACGUCAUUGACCCUGCCAUCAAGGGAACUACCAAUGCGUUGAAGUCUGCGAAGGAGUUUGGUAAGAAUAUCAAGCAUUUCGUGUAUACAUCAUCUACUGCAGCAGUGACCAACAAUAUCAAUUAUGUUCCUGGCUCGGUCCUAAAUGAGGAACUGUGGAAUGACGUAACCUUGGAACAAGGCGCUGAAAACGAUCUGUUGGCUUAUGAAGCGUCCAAGACGUUUGCUGAGAAGGCCGCUUGGGAGUUUUUGGAGCAAAAGAAGCCCCAAUUCACCCUCACCGUCGUCAAUCCAGUUUAUGUAUUUGGACCCCAGGCUUUUGACGAAGAUGCUAGAGGGACGUUGAACUUUUCGGCUGGAAUCGUGGAGAAAGUACUUAAACUCGGAAAGGACGAUCCAAUUCCUGAGAUUGGUGGUGGAGCUGUCGAUGUUCGUGAUGUGGCUAAGGUUCACAUUGACGCAUUCGAGAAGCCUGAAACCUACGGUAAGAGAUUGAUUGCCAAAGAGCUGUUCUACAAUGGGCAGUUACUCUUGGACUUUAUCAGGAAAAACUUCCCUGAUGCAGCUGAGCAAUUGCCUAUUGGAGACCCUGGAAAUGCUCAAGAGGACUCGAAGAAUUACGUCCACAUUGAUAACCAUGCUACCACUGUUCUCUUGCACAUCCACUGGAUUCCCCUCGAGACAAUGGUGGUUGACUCCGUGAAACAGAUUCUCAAGGAGAACAUUGAAUUGUAG